AUGGAGGACAUUCUGAAGGCCCUGCCAGCCGAUGGCUCGUCAAUCCUGCACAAAGUGGCGCCGUACCUGAGCCGUCACCUGCUCUUCCCGCUGAUCCAGUUCGAGGGCGAGCAGGCCGAGGAGAAGGGCGAUGCCGAGCUGGCCAAGAAGAUCCUGUCGGGCAAGAUCAAGCUGCUGGACGACACCAACAUGACCGACUACGUGGCGAGCCUUUACUGCGAGCUGCACGGCGUGGCCGAGGCCCCGGCUGAGUACACCAAGAAGAGGCAGGACGUGCUGGCACAGCUGGACAAGUACGAGAAGGCGACGGAGCAGAUUGCCAACCUGCUGACCCAGGACGAGGUCGUCAACGGCCUGCGGAGCGACAAGGUGGCCAACUUGGAGUUUCUCAAGAACCAACACGGAGUCACCAUCGAAAUGGUAAACGCUUUGUAUGACUUUGGCCAGUUCCAGUUUCGAUGCGGUCAGUACGGCCCUGCCGCCGACAUGCUCUACCAGUUCCGAGUUCUCUCCACCGACAACGACAAGGUGGCCGCUGCGACCUGGGGAAAGCUUGCUUCCGAGAUUCUGUCCACAAACUGGGAGUCUGCCGUUGACGAGCUCAAGAACGUCCGAGAGGGUAUCGACACCAGACUCUUCAACAACCCCCGAGCCCAGCUUGACCACCGGACCAUGCUUAUCCACUGGUCCCUCUUCCCCCUGUUCAACUUCGAGGGUGCCCGGGAGCCCAUCCUGGACAUGUUCUUCUCCGCCUCCUACAUCAACACCAUCCAGACCUCUUGCCCCUGGAUCCUGCGGUAUUUGAUUGCUGCCGUUAUCACCGGCCGCACGCGCGCGCGCAACAGCUCGGUCCAGCAGAAGCAGCUCAAGGACAUUGUUCGCUACGUCCGACAAGAGGCCUAUGAGUACGCCGACCCCAUCACCCAGUUCGUCAACGCCCUCUACAUUGCCCACGACUUUAACGCUGCUCGCGAGGCUCUUCGCAUGGCCGAGGAGGUGUGCCGCAGCGACUUCUUCCUGGCUGCGUCCACCGAUGCCUUUGUCAACGCCGCCCGCCACCUCAUCUGCGAGAGCUACUGCAAGAUCUUCAGCCGGAUGAACAUUCGAGACUUGAGCGCCAAGCUCGGCCUGAACCCCGAUGAUGGCGAGAAGUGGAUCGUGAACCUGAUCCGCGAGACUCGCCUGGAUGCCAAGAUUGACAGCCAAGACGGUACCGUCAUUAUGAACCACCCUCCCAACAACGUUUACCAGCAGGUCAUUGAGAAGACCAAGGGCGGUUUCUUCAGAACACAAGUCCUCAACGCCGCUGUCUCCAAAUAAGAGAGAAGCGAUAGAAGGAGCUUGCAGAUGUGUUUGACAUGGCAAAGCAAAAUUGCCUGGCGCUGAACAAGGGUAUCAUUCUCGAAUAAAACUUUGAUGCCGAGUCUGGGAACUCGGCCACGCGGGUGAACGCUCUUAAAGACCAAAAGGAAAUACCAAUGUUUCUUUCUCAAUCCAAAGCUCCUCGAAGACGGUCGGUUUGCCAAAAAGGGAAGAAGAUCAAGGGAGGGAAAAAGCAAAGAAAGACUAGACCGGCCCCUUGUUUUAUAUCACAUGUUCUUUAUUUUUUUAUUAUCUCUCUUCCUCUCUCUGGUGAUGCGGUUUGCAUUGCACGGCGUUCAAUAGGUAUAAGACAGGGAUGGGGAAGAUGUCUUCUUGAGGGAGGAGAGGGCCAGGGUCGUUUUUCUAAUGAGAUUGACUGUUUUG